AACCUUACAAGACAUCAUCAAUAUGGAAUUUACCACGCACUGCAUUGAACCUCGGGCGGCGCACACCCACACAGUCGUUUUUCUCCACGGCAGAGACAGCAUCUGCGACGAGUUCGCAGACGAGCUUUUGGAGAGCGAAGCAUCAAAGCCAGCAAACCAGCCACGCACUCUUCCAGACCUACUGCCGUCCAUUCGGUGGGUCUUUCCCGGGGCCGCGCUGCUUCCAUCCAAGAGGUUUGGUACCGAGAUGUCACAGUGGUUCGAUGUCUGGUCGUUGGAGAACCCAGAAGAACAAGCUGGUAUCCAAGAAGCCGGCCUGAGACGAAGUAUCGAAUACCUCGUCAACCUUGUCGAGAGCGAAUCCGCCUUGGUUCCGAUGGACAAAAUAUUCCUAGGCGGCAUCAGCCAAGGAUUUGCAACCUCCAUAAGUGCUUUUCUGACCACGCCAAGAAUAGCCAAAUUGGGUGGGCUGGUCGGUUUGUGCAGCUGGAUGCCACCGCCUGAGGUCAUCAAUGAGUUGGCGGAGGAGAGUUCAACAUAUCGCAGAACAAGCGGCACAGAACCAAUGGCCAAAACUCCUAUUUUCCUCGCUCACGCCGUGGACGAUGAAGUCAUCAAUAUCAAACUUGGUCGGCAGUUGCGGACGACUCUUGAUUCAUUCGCCAGUGCGUGUACAGUGGAAUGGCAUGAAUAUCAAUCAGGAGGUCACUGGGUCAACGAGCCGCAGGGUGUGGAUGACAUGGUUAGCUUUCUGAGAUUUCAUAUGCAUUGAAUCGGGCCUCACAUCCCGCACCAUCAUAAAUAGACAGAUCAGAGGCUUUCACGUAACCGAUUGCAAUACGAUAUCCAAAACCGAGCAUAAUAAGCUCUUAACAGCUCGUCAUCAGUC